CCCCUUUUUGACGAGGUCGAGCUAGGGAUCCCCGGCAAUGGAGCAACCUCUUGAGAAGCGCACGGCUGUGGCUGCGGCUGGUACGAGCAGCACGGACCUACUCCGGCUCUGGCAAGGCGAUUUAGUGGAACCCCUGCUCGCAUUCCUUCCUCUCAAGGCGAUCGCAACCGUGCCGACGGUGUCGCGCCGGUUCCGCGACCAGCAGUGGCGGACGAUGACCCUCAUUGCGCGCCAGUGCGGAACCAUCUGCACGUCGACGAGCUCCUUUCUGGACGCCGUCCGUUGGACCGGGCGCGACGAGCGCUGGUCGCGCUUCGACGGAAGCAGUUUCGAAGCUUGGGAGACGCUCGCACGCAACGAAAAUGCGGGGUUCAACUGCAGCCGGGACGGAAACGGGCGCCUACGGAUCGAGACAUAUAGAUCGGAUAGUGGACACCACGGGGGCGGCUUGGUGAAGACAUUUGAUGGCGAAAACCUGUGCGUCCGGCGAAUUACCUACAGCUUCAGCUUUGACAGUACGAAUCCCCAUUCCCACGUUGAGCCGCAAGUGGAGGGCUUCGCAGUCCUCAGUAUUAGCGGAGGCUUAAUUGAUAACGGUAAUGAACCAGAUGCAUUCAUGGGCUUGCUUGUUGAGCCGAGCGACAGUGACAGACACGAUGACACUCCAUGGUUCGAGUUCCAGUGGUUCGCCAUGGGCGAUCCAAUAUUCAGUGGACCAAAGAAUGUGAUAACGGUGGAGCCUGGUGCAACUUAUACGGUCGACGCGAAAUUUGAUUGGGAUCGAAGCUUAAGGUACGGAUGGGCGGACGUGUCUGUCACAGCCGCCUCAGGUUUGAAUUUCGGCCGGGGGAGGUUCAAAUUCCGCCGCAAGCCGCUCACGGCUAUCCAUCUCUACAACUAUACCCAAUCCAUCUCUACCUUCGAUUCUGUCAACGUGAUGUAUUCGCCGCGAACGUCGCGCGACGGCGCCUUCGAGGGCGAGGACUCGGAGUAAAUUAGUGCGUCAG